GGAGGCUUUUGAUAGAAUGAGUGAGUGAGGCUGAAAUACGAGGAGGGAAGGGAGGAGGAAUCAACACGAACACGAAAACCGGACAAACGACUUCGUUCAACGGUCGCGCGGCAGCGCGUAAUUUUGCUUGCUUUAUUUUUACUAGCCCCACCUUUGUUUCGUUAUGUAUUGUUUUGAUUCAAAUUUUAUUAAUAAAGAGAAAAAAUAUUUAAAACAUUAAUGUUUAUAGAUGAAAAUGUGUUGCGUCGUAUAGUGUCAAGUUAGUUUGCAAUGUUUGGAUAGGUGUUGAAAUAGGUUGUAGCAGGUGAGGAACACGGUAAAAGUGAAAUGAAUAUUUUUGUGUAUAGUUAGUGAAUAAUGGAGUGCUGUAAGGAUAUGGGUUUACAGAAGAGACAUAGUCAAUUCAGCGACACCAAAUAUAAGUGGAGGACAGUACUAGUGUUCGUAGUAACGGUAUUGUGUUGCUUUUGUGAGUGCAAAGGACAAGAGACGCUUGGAACAGCGGACCCUUAUCUUCUAAACAAGUCGUUAGGUCUGACGGAAUUGCCGGGCGGCGUGUUGACCGGUGGUCGCACGGUGUGGAAGCCUGAUAGUAGCCCAUACAUGCUGCGUGAUGACCUGCUCAUAGAAAGAGAUGCAGAGCUGGUCAUAGAACCAGGAGUGGAAGUCCGGUUCGCGCCUAUGAUCGGUAUUACCGUGCGCGGGAAGCUAGUUGCUGUGGGUCACCAUGAAAAAGGAAUAACAUUCACAAGCACAGAAGAGCCUGAUAGGCCUACGAGGCCCAUACCAGAUAUCCGUUUAGUCGACGGUCCGUCCAUCUUGGUGGGAAGAGUUCAACUCUUACAUCGAGGACAAUGGAGAUCAGUUUGCACCAAUUCCAGAAAUUGGACCGUAAACGACAUGGAGACUGCCUGUAGACAAUUAGGCUUCAUGGGAGGAUCCUUCUACAACUGGAUGGAUCGCCAGCCCGGUAGGAGAGCAAGACUGUUAUUCGAAGAGCCUAAGUGCAAAGGAACUGAAUAUGAUCUAUUUCAAUGUGACUGGAACUCUAGAGAACUUGGUUCAGGUGUCUGUGACUACCACCCUGAUUUAGCCAUUCAAUGCUCACCUCAUCAUGAUGUUAACGAUCUAGCAAAUUCGAGGAGACAUUGGAGAGGCAUACGAUUUGAAAACGCAGUCUUUGAGCGAAUUCUCACCGCUGCAAAUACUCUAUACGUUCCUACAUCAAUGUCCAAAUUAAUGCAUGUUACUAUUAAAAAUGCAGGUUUAGGCAGAGGUAACAAUGCAACAAGUGCCUUAGAUGUUAUUGGAGUCCCACCUGUAUUAGAAGAUAUAGAAAUAUCUAAUUCGGCAUUCAACGCCAUAAAUGUGACGUCGCCUAACGCUCCCAUAGUCAUAAACAAUUGCACGAUUCAGAACAAUAGAGGGUAUGGUGUUUAUGUGAACUCUACGUAUGGCAUGACAAAGAUUGAGAAUUGCUUGAUUCACGACAAUGGCGGCGAUGGGGUCAAAUACGUGGUGCACGAAAUUAACAUCGAUGAAAGACUAGACAGAAGCGAAAUUUUUGAUUUAUGUACACUAGCAUCCACACCGAGCCAGACAUUUCCUAUUCAAAUGUCAAUUGAACAAUCAAGAUAUUCUAAUAUGGAGAGAGACUGCCAUCAGAAAUUUUACACGCGACCAGAUCACGUUUUAACCUUAAGUUUUAUUAAACUUUUAACCAACCAUAACAAUACAGGCGAAUUAUUUAUAUAUGACGGAUUAACGACCGAAGAUAAACUUUUAUUGUCAUUCAGUAUUCGGAAUCACACUCGACCGCAAAGUGUUACAUCAACCAGGAACCGCAUGUACGUGAGAUUCCGAGCGAAUACGAGGACAGAUAUUACAGGGUUUUUAAGGUUGACAUCGGGUAUUAGUAAAACGUAUGAUUUAAAUGUUACUGACACUAUUAUUUCCGAUAACAAUGGUAGAGGCGUGGCAAUCGAAAACUUAAGAUCACAAAUUCAUAUACAUCGCACUUCUAUAUCUAACAAUAAUCACGUAGCUGGUCUUCAAGUUGUGAGUGGAGCUGGCGAUGUAAAUGUAACUGAGAGUAGAAUAUCUUUCAAUCAAGGUGAUGGAAUAAACAUCACUGUAACUGGUGGAAACAGGAACAUAUCAAGAAGUAUAUUAAGUUCUAAUCAGGGUUAUGGUAUAGCUGUGUGGAUAAAUAAUACUCAUGAAACCGAAUACAUUCCAGUUAACCAAACCACAGCUGUAGAAUAUUCAGAAAUAUUUAAAAAUCUAGACGUAGGAAUUUUACAUGGAAACUUUUGUGGAGACAGUUGGGUUAAUAUUACUGGAAACUGGUUUAAUACCAGUGCUGAAAGUACUAUAGAAAUAUCCACAUGUUGGAGAUUUAAUAACCCAACCAGAUUGCUCAAUUUACAAGUAGGUCAUAACAGAUUUUAUGAAAACCAAAAAGUACCUCUUAAAAUCCAACCGGCUCUCAACAUAAACGGGAAGAUUGAAUACAAUUAUUUCGAACACGGUAAUUAUGGAGCAAUUGUUAUAUUGAAUAGAGUAGAAGGGAAAUAUCUAGAAGAAUUUGAAAUACUACCAUCACGGUUUGAUAUACAACAUAACUACUUCUUUGGGAAUAAGGGCCCAUUCGUAGUUAAUCUUGGAUUGUCUCCAUACAGUGAUAUACAAUACAUUAUAUUUUCGAGGAACUUCCUUCGAGAUAAUAAAGUGAGAGAACCAUUUGAACCCCUAGAAGGUAUAUCAUCAAGAUUGACCCCAAGAAGUAGAGUUGCAGCUACGAUUGUAUUAGCAUCCAGCAACAUAGACGUUUAUAGAAAUAUUAUAAACAACCCAGAGGCCCAAUACGAAAUUGGAUCGCACGUCGAAGACCAAAGUAAAAUAUUGAACUGUACUUACAACUGGCUUGGAUUUGGUGAAGAAGAAAAGGUUUAUAAUAGAUUGUUCCAUAGAAAAGAUCGAUACAAUUUAGCCAAGAUAAUUUACAUGCCGUAUUUAUUACACAGUAGUAACCCUGGAGCAACUCAGAUAAAUUACAACUCACUCUAUGUACCUCAAUUUAAUGUGCCUGGCACUUUCGUUGUUGGCGGUGAAGUUGAAGGAAUAGAAAUUCUUCGCCAGGGAGAGUACGAUGUAGAUAAAGAUAUCAAUAUUCGCCCUGGAGGAAAACUGGUUCUACAAUCUGGCGUAACGUUGAAAUUCCCCCCAGCCAUAGGAAUUAUGGUUGCAGGAAAACUAGACGCAAGAGGUAAACGGCCUAAUGAUAUAACUUUUACUUUAAAAGAGGAAGUAGUUAUGACUAAUGAAAGCGUUUAUGAAACAGAUUUUGAGCCAACCACGCCAGGUUAUACUGAGCCUAUUGUGCCCAUAAGACUAUUAGGGGGAAGAACACAACACGAAGGUAGGCUCCAAGUCAGGAUUGAUGAUAAAUGGGGAACAGUGUGCAACUAUAGAUGGAACAUAAUUAAUGCAGCCUUAGUAUGCAAUCAACUUGGCCUCGCCCUGAAUCCAGAUGAUUGGUUCCUAGAACCUAACGAGAUUCCAUCUGCAGGUAUGACAGAAGACAUACUUCUAUCCAAUGUAGAAUGUUCCGAAUUCGAUAACGAUAUAACUAAAUGUAAGGCAGAAACUAAAGAGAACUUUGAAAAUUCUUGCACGCACGAUAAUGACGUUGGAAUUCGGUGCUAUGAAACAAGUUGGGCUGGAGUAAGAUUCAGUGUCAUAUCUGAAAGAGCAGAUUUACAAUACGUGACUAUAGAAAAAGCUGGGCUUUUAGAUUAUUCGUCUAAUAUUUUUAAACCUGCUCUUCAGAUAGAUUUUGCACGACAUAGCUUGGAAAGCAUUAAAGUAACCAACAAUUACCACGAUGGUUUGGGAAUACUUUAUUCAGAUUUAUACGGAGCUGAUGCAGUCAAUACCGUCCGUAACUCAGAGUUUAGUAACAACAGAGGGAGCGGUAUAAGUUUCAAACAACUUGGUCUGAAAGUGUAUGGUUCAGUCAUUGAAAAUAACAACCUAGCAGGCAUCUCACAUAAUCCCCAUAUUCCCGGUCCUCAACAAAGAGAAAUAGCUGGCUGGUUUAAUUUAGAUCCUGGAUUCAACAUGGACGAAUCUAAUUAUCAUCCAAUCAUGAUUCCAGAGUAUGAAACUGACAUAAGCUUGAUUAACGGAGAAACCAGACAUAUAGUUUUCACAAAGCGUAAUGGAGAAAGUGUUUCUAAAACGUACAAUAUCAAAUGCAAUCCAGGUUACGUUCUGGGGCUACAACUUCUUAACCCUAUACACAAUUUUUCAACAGAAAGUAUUUGCAUAUACGAUUCGCAAAACAUUAAUGAGGGUAGUACGAAAUGGUGUCUAGAUCGUGAUCUGUCUACGUUCCCAACAACCAGUAGCAGCUUUGGUGUUGUCAUAACGUAUGAAAGCGGAACGAAUGCCUUAGGUGGAGUCGUGCUAGUUGUAAGCACGAUUAUAGCUCCGGUCCAAAACCUAAGAAACAGGAUAGUCAGAGGACCUGUGCCGACCCUGCAAGUAGUUAAUUCUAAGAUAAAAGGAAACACUAAAGGCGUUAAAGCAUUGUACUACAACCGUUAUCUUAAUGAGCUGGGUGACCACUUUUUACGAAAAGCUAACGAAACUAUUAAAAUAUUUAACUGUGAAAUUGCUUAUAACAAAGAAGAAGCUAUCUACGUAAAUACACCUUUCUGGGAUAUACACGAAAGUAAUAUUACCGAGAUAACUAUAAUGGUCAACAGCAGUUUGAUCACCGAUAAUGGCAGAGGAAUAUAUCACUUCGCGAGAGAUUUGAGAAGUUCAAAUAAUUUAUAUCAUUAUGUUUUACAAGACAAUACAAUUGAAAGGAAUAAACAGGGUGGUUUUGAUGUAAGCCUGCCAUAUGUUUGGCAGUAUAAUGAAAACUUCACCCACUCAGUUUACAUGAACAACAACACAUGGAGAAGCAAUCAAAACUUUGCUUUGAUUGUUGACGGUCAUUUCGCUGAGGUCAAUAUAACGAAGAACAUUUUCACAGACAACAUGUGCAAAACUGGUUUGAUCGCUAUACAAGGCAUGGAAAAGAAAAUGAUGAUUGACGGUAAUUUUAUUGAAAGGAACAGUGGACAGUUCAUGGUGAAAUUCCACAUGGACAGUCAAAGCGAGAUUAUGGGCUUAGUGUACGCUCUAUUCAUUUACAACCAAGUAAAAAACAAUAGACACCUACUUACACAGAUUAAUAGAGGCGCUUUAAUAAGAAAUGUUGAACCAACAUACGUUAUAGGCUUUAAGGGAAUACAGAAAGUAAAAGUCAGUAGAAAUCUGUUUGGGAACAAUGCACUAGAGUACACAUUGGUAGCUGGCAUUAAGACUGCAAAGAUUAAUAAUUUAUUAGAUGUCACUGAAAACUGGUGGGGUAGUACUGAAGAAAAAGUAAUCAGAGAACAGAUAUUCGAUUUUGAUGAUUGGAAUAAUCACGCUAUUGCCACAUACCUACCAUAUUUGCUUGAAGAUAGUAUGGACUCCAGUGUCUCAGCUUCAUUUAGUCCAGAAAUCAUCGUAGAUUCAAAUGAGCUUGGAGGUCGUCUACUAACUAACUAUACUAUCGAAUCUCGCAUGGCUCCAUAUAUUGUGAAGGCUGACAUAACAGUUAUGCCUGAUGCUAUUCUAACUAUAAGUCCCGGUGUUAUAAUGGAAUUUGCACCCAAUGUUGGGAUCCUCGUCAUGGGCAACCUUCAAGCUAUAGGUCACAGUCAAGCGCCAAUUAUAAUGAGACCUUUAACUCGUGGAGGCAAUGUGGAAGUAAACAGAAUAGAAAAGAGAGAUGUUGGCCAGUAUUCAUCAGACCAUCAUAAACAAAGACGACAACUGGAGUCAUUGACUGUACCUAAUUCAAUAAGACUAUGUACAGGAAGAAAUUGCUCCAUCACCGAUAAUACAGCCGAAAGAACAAACGAAGGAUUUCUUGAGUAUUACAACAAAACGACUUUGCAAUGGGUGCCAAUGUGUGAUAAUCGUUUUACCGAGAGAAACGCGCAAGUUGUGUGCCGAGAGUUGGGUUUCGAUCCUAUCAACGUGUUCUUCGCUCACGACCGUCGUGUGGAGUACCAUAGUAAUUCUUUGUCACGGAUUUGGUCUUGGCCAGAACCUCUACAGUGUGUAGGAACUGAAGACCGUUACGAUGAUUGCCCAAUAAGACUGAAUGGCCAACUUUACGGACAUAGACAUGAAUGUAAAUGGGAUUCAGAAUUCGUAUUCAUUCAUUGUGGCACAAGAAAUCUAGAAGAGAACCUCGAUUACUGGGGAGGCAUAAGAUUUGCGAAUCCUGAAUUCGAAUAUUCUCUGUAUGAGCAUCGCAUUCACAACCAUCACACUCAUGAGACUAUGAAGAAAUCUGAAAGCGAAUUGAUUCACUUGCACAUAAUUGGUGCCGGUAUACUGCACAAUGAGAAAUCUCCUGCUAUACAAAGUAUUAUAAAGAAUCCAAGUAUACGAAAUGUAAAUAUAACGAAAUGCGCUCAUCACGGCAUUAAUUUAAUAUCGCCCACCGAUUCGAUUAAUAUGAUGUUUAAUACCGUGAAUGAUAUAUUGGGAGAAGGUGUUAGUGCCAUAUCGUUGAACGGAGAAGGUCGAGAGUCUGAUGAAUCUAGUUUCACACCACUAAAGGAUUUGAACCUUCCUUAUCACCUCUUUUCUCUUAUCGACAUUUGUGAUAGUACUAAAAUGGUGACCGUUGAAGAAAGAGUACUGUUGUACUACAAAUACGACAACAAUCCUGUCAACUGUGUAAAGAUAUUCAAGAGCAUGUUCAGAGUAAAACCCUUCGGAUUUAGGUUGCUCCAAUUCAAUCUAUUCAACCACACUCAGAAUUAUGGUAAAAGGGAUUCUCUGUCGUUGUAUGACGGUGAUAUUUACAAUAUCACGGCACCUAUGAUUGGUUACUUGGAGAAUGGAUCGCCAGAUGAAAAGAAGCUCUUCAAAACUGAGGGUGCCAGCUUGAGUGUGUCGUUGUUUGCGAAUGGAGCGUCUGCUGUUCAUGGAUUUAUUGCAGAGAUUGUUACGUUGCCAAUAUCAGCUAUUGGAUUCAAUCGUGAUGUCCAGCAUAACAUAUCGAACAGUGAAUUCAUAAAGAACAGAGAUGGGGCCAUCACGUACCAGUCUGUAGGCGAAGUGAAUCCUUUAGUAGCGAUCACAAGGAAUGAGAUCUUGAACAACUGCCUGAAACUGUAUGGAAACUUCACUUCUUGCCCUGCUGCUGUUAGAGUUGAUGUGCAGAACACACAGACUCUUGUGUUUAGGAAUAACUUGGUCCGCAACAACGUAGGAGGAUUGCUAGUCCGUGCUGAUUCUCGUGGAUCAGCCACAUCACUCCGUGGGUGGAUACACAACAACCUGUUCUUCGCUAACCACGACCUCCCCUGUCUUAAAGUUGAAGGGCGCCAAUCAUCCCCAUACCAAGAGGUGACGAUAUACCGUAACUACUUCACUCGCAACCGAGUGCCAUUCAGUGACGUCAUCAUCCUUCGACAAGUCGUCUCAAACUUCACAUACAACUAUGUCCACGAUAAUACUGGCAUGAGGAUCCUCGAGGUGUCUGGCUUCGAUAAAGUCAGGUUGCCUAUCUACCAAACUACUUCACAUAAUGGAUUUUAUAAAAAUUACGCAACCGACCGUGAAGGUAGAGCGACUGUGGUAGCAGGAACAGCUGGCCAGAACUACGUAGACAACAUCUUCUUCAACCCUGACAAUGAUUACGAAAUGAUCACUGUCAAUAGAUCCAUCUUUGUUGACUAUAAUCCAACCGUUAUGAGUUCUCUCGACUUAUGGCGGACAAGGAUUGACGCGAAGCAUAACUUCUGGAGUUACAACGAAACAUUGGCGGUGGCCGGUCGUAUAAGAGACCAGAGUGACAACCCUCUUUUACUAGAAGUAGACUACAGACCGUUCUACAUGAAUAAUCAGACAGUCCUUGGAGGAGGGAAGUGUCCUCCGGGAUGGGAUGCGGUCGCGGGCACCUGUUACAUGUAUGUUGGGGCGCCGAUGACUUAUGAAGAGGCGAGAUUGUUCUGUUUGUCGGACAACGCAUCAAUGCCUUACGUGUCGGGUAACUACGAGGCCCUAUACGAGUUCAUUAGCCGACAGAACCAAUGGUUCCAAUAUGGCGACCGAGUUUGGGUCAACCAUAUCGAUUAUGUAACCCAGUGUACGUCAUUCGCAUUCUCCAACGUCGAAAUUACUGAUUGUAAUCAGAAGAACGCUUUUAUUUGCGAAAUUGAUCCGAAGAUCAUGAUCGAUCCAAUGUCUUGGCGUGGAGACACUCUAGCGGUGGCCUUUAUCGGCGUGUUAAUAGCUGCCGUGUUGCUUGUGGGAGCUGCUCUCAUCUGCUGGUAUUCUAAGUCUAAACACAGACAUGUUCAAAGAUUAGAGCGGCGCAACUCGAUUCGACAAUCGUUACACUCAGUCCGGUCGAUUGGCAGUAUUAAUGGCGGAUUCCCUGACACGCCUUAUAGAAGAAAACUUGCUCAAAUGAGUACUCGCUCCACGGACACAUUAACAAAAGGCUCGGACUACAGAAAGAUGCUCGCGUCGACCACAUCAAUGGAAUCUAUGGAGAAGAGCCAAUUCAAUUCCUCACUAGACGACAAUCAGAGCUUCGACAUUUACGAGGCUCACAACCCGAAUCCAAACGUGAUGCCACUCACACACACGACCUUCGUAAAGAAGCCCAUAACUCCAGAAUACUCAGUACCACAACAAAAUAAUAACAGACCGUACAAUUUGGCCUUCAGAAAUGAAGGUUAUAGGGACAACUCUGGCACGGCCAGUGGCGCCCCCUCAAUAAAUACGGUUGCUACGGAAGAAAUACCAAUAUUACACCACCCAGAAGGCCUAAGAUCCCCUCCAGAUGAAUACACAAUAUCCCCUAGAAGUGAUUCUCAGUACUUCACUUCAGAUACAUUACCUUUAAGAGACAAUUCUGAAGACGGUGACACUUUGAAACGUCAGUUAGAGAGACAAGGAAAGAUAUACGGUGCCUAUGGAGCCCCUGCAGGCAGUUAUGGCGCACCGAAGCUCUCUUUCCUAAUGGAGUUAAGGUCCAAAAUGCCAGAGCAACCGCAGGCGGGAGCGGUGCCUGCUACUACUUUUGGACAGAGAAAUAAUGUUGCAGAUCAACAACAAUAUUACGAGGACAACCUACCAAGUCCGCCGCACCCGCCGGUAUACUCCAGUGCGUACGACACGACCACUUCAGACAACAUUCCCAGUUACGAUUCCAGCCCACACGAUCUUUCUAGAGAGUUUGACGAUUCGCCAUUACCAGAGUUACAUCAUAGGUCCAAGUCUGAAGCGCUGUUAGAAACGAAUUUCGACUUUGAAGACUCCGAAGCCAGUCCGGUACCGAUGUCAGAAGCAAGUCGGUCACAUAGUCAACCCUUAGAAACGGCUAUGUAAGAUUGUGUUACUGCCGUGCUUAGAGACCUUUUAUGGUUUUAUUAAAGACUAAGU